AUCACAACGAGCAGAAACACAAUAGAGAGAGUGUUUAGAGAGCUUCGGUUUUCGCACAAAACCGCGAGUAUUGAGAGGAGCUUUUUAUCCUGGAGACGACCGGUUGAUAGUCUGCCGUGCGCAUCGAAGGCAGUGCCGCGAACGUCUUAAAGAAAGCGACCUAGUCCGCGACUCAGCUCUAGAUUCGGUAACCUCGUUCCUUUUGUUGUUCCGUUCCUAACAGGUCUAGGAGCACUUGAGGCGUACUAGGCAUGAGGUACAGUGGUUUCAGCUGCUAUGGAAAAGCAAAAACAUUCCCAAGAACAUAUUUAUAGUUUGGUUGGUGACUCAAAAUCGCGUGCAAACAAGAUGAUCCGAUGGGGGUAUAAUGGAGAUGUUUCCUCUGUGUUCUAUGGUCAUGCUCUGGAAACCAAGGAUCACAUCUUUGCUUCUUGCCCUGUUUACUAUCAACUUUUUGCUUCUCUGUUCUCCCACAAAUUCGGUCAUACCCCUACUCAAACUUGGGACGGGGAACUGAGUUGGGCUAUUCGCAGUCUGAAAGGAGGAGAAGUGGCAGCUCCGGUGGGGAAGCUGGUUGGUGCUCCUUGGAAGGGGAAUUGACUAGUUGAUCUCUCAGAUAAAAUUCGAAGUAGGCAAUUAUUUUGUAUUCCCUCAUGAUUUUGGUUUCCGAUAGAUAGAUUGUAGUAGAGUUAUAUAGUGAUUGUCAUCCUAAGUUGGCUGCCCGUACUAUAUUUUUUUCUGAUGAAAUACAAAUUGUCAUUCAUCGAAAAAAUACAAAUAUCAAUGUCAUGCAAUGGUGUGAAAUGGGGGUGAUAUCUGGUUUGGUUUAACCGAUAACCUUUUACUCGGUUAUUAUUUAAUUGCUACCUGUUUUUUGCUGUAAAAAAUGAAUCGGUUGCUAUUAAUGAUGAGCAGAUAGUCAAGUUAACAUUUAUCAGUUACCUAACCGGAUAAUCAGCAACAAGAUCUCAGCAUGAUUAGACCAUAUAACUUUAUGAAAGAAGAAUAAGAAGGAUGUCCCAUGGGUCGCGGUGGUAAGAACACAAUUUAAUGAAAGAAGAACAUGAUUAUGAUUGUUAGACUAUGGAAAUGAAGAGUGGUCAACAAAUUAUUAAGAAAGGGUCAUGGAUGUCGGAAGAAGAUCAAUGUAUGUUUAACCAUGUUCACCAGCACGAUCCUCAUGAGUGGAGCUCCAUCCGAUCCAAAGGCCUCUUGUAGUAGACUGACUAGCCUUACUGUCUAUACUGGAACACAAGGUCUGAUCCAAUUUGAAGAAGUAUUUAAUGGGUUGUAGAGAAAUAAUUUUCGUUGAUGAAAUCCAAACAUGCAUGUAGGUACUAAUUUCCCCCAUCAUUUUUGUUCUAUUUUUUGUACUAGAUGCAAAUUUCUAUAGGAAGAAUAGAGAAUCGUGAUCAAGUUGCGGACCCGAUAUGGGAACAAAUGUGUCCAACGAUGUGUGUCGGUUGGUACUGCUUAGACUCUGACAAAUAAGACAAAUGAAAGCUAGGGUCAAGGAUUCUUCUAUUAGGGGUAGAAGGUAGAGAAUACGGAGGGAAGCCGGUGUGUGAUGGGUGGUAGUGGCAAUUACUCUAGUUGUUGGGUCAUGUUGGUGCAUGGGUUCUCUUGAUUUUGAUUUAUGACUUAGGGAGAGUUCAGAACAGUAGGUAGUUUUAAUGGUAUAUAAUAGUUUAACCAUAGUUAAAUCAUGGUUUCAACACAAAAUACUCUAAUACAGACGUUUUCGGUGUAAUUUCUAGUACGAUUUUACAAUCCUUGAUGUAUAGAAGGAUAGGUACUUCUUAUGUGAUUUUUUCGGUAUAAUCUUCACUACGAUAGGGUAUAAUAAAUGCCUAUGAGUGUUCGGACCGGUAAGUAUUUUUACUAGUAUAAAAUGGUUAAACUACAGUUUACCAUGGUUCCAACACAAAAUACCCUAAUCAUGAUGUUUUCAGUAUAAUCUCCAGUACAAUUUUACAAUCCUUGUUUUAUAGAGGGAUAUAUAUUUCUUAGGUGACUUUAGGGGGAGUUUGUCGAUGAAACGCCUCACCCUCAUGUUUUCUUCACCAGCCAGUAGCUUAGUUUUGUUUCCUAUUGCUUUUCUCUUUUGUUUUGUAUAAUCAAGGUUAACUUCCACCCCAGAGGCACCUUAACCUUCUCAUUAUUUUUAAAAACUCAUAGAACUCGUCCCUUAUCACCUGAGUAAGUGGUUAUGAGAGACCCUACGGAAUACGAUUCUUGUCAUUAGACUAGGUAAAUUUGCAUCCACGCACUAAAUGCGAUUAUAGCCCAUGUACAAAUUGGUUGUUGUUGUAGAACAUCAUUCCUAGGGUUCGACUUGCAUUAUUGAUGCUUUUAUGUUUUCGUAAAGAUCAUUUAAAUAAAAGUAAGAUCAAUAG